CUUCAUUUUAUUUCUGGAAUUCAGACAGCCCUGACUUCAAAUUUGAAUCUUACAAAAUCACACAAACCCCAGGAAAUAAAAUUGGACCCCCAUACUUUGCAUACAAACAUGAACAAACUACUGAUCAGCAUCCCAAUAUUUGUAGGAUUUUUUGGUGUAAUAAAUUCUCAAACACCUUGCACGCCGGUGGAUGUCACCCUGCUGAAGAUCAAUUACAUUGGAUGGGCUGGAGGCAAAAUGCACUACACGAAUCUUGGAAACCUGGGGAUGUCGUACAGCGACGCGAUUGAGUUUUGUCUCUGUCACGGGAUGGAACCAACCUUAAUUAAAGGACCCGACGUGGAUUUCAUGCUGUACAAUUUUCUGCAGCGGUUAUCUGGAAACUCGACGUAUAACAGUCGCCCCUUCUGGCUAAGCCUGAACGAUAACGAGCGAGAAGGCACUUUUCGCUGGUACCAGAAUUCCACCCUUUUACAAGGGUACACCAACUGGGCACCCGACUCCCCAGUGAUCGACCCUCUCGGUGGUCCUCACGUCAACUGCGUGACAUGCGUCUCCGAUCAGGAGUACACAGGUAGACAGACUUGUUUGUGGAUUAACGUUCCGUGCGACUCGACUUGUUGGCGACCACUUUGUCAACGUUAGAGAGAAAAAGGUGUCGCAAAAUUAUGCACAUGUUUACUAAUUUAUUUUAAAACUGAGGAUGAGUGAGUUAACAUCUGUAUUUUUUAAUAUUCGCAAAUUAUUCCAAAAUAUUCGCAAAUUAUGUAUGAUUUUUUGUUUUCUAAAAUAUCACAAUUUAGAGCCCCUCACCUUUUCUAGCAUUUAUCAUAAAAUGUUAUUAUUAGAUUUGGGAAUUUAAUAAAAAAAACUGCAUAAUAUGCAAAAUUGCAAAAAAGUCGAGAAAGCUAAACGCCGAAAUUAUACAGAAGCUCUUAUAUUGAAAUUUAUUUGUCUGAGAUAUUUGACGAUUUUGCUAUUUUCAAAU